AUGCCAAGCAGACCCCUCCUGUAUAACUCAGUUAUCCAGGGGGGGUUUGGCCUGGGUGGCAUCCAGUAUAACCAUGUUAUCCAGAGGGGCUCAUUCACUAGUUUAUUUAAUCACGUGCCAUGGGACAAAUCCCAAACCUGGUCCAGUGACCACCUCGUUUUCCACUUCCACCAGCCUGCUGCUCAGUGUCACUUUUUUCCACAACUUCUUCUCCCACAAUUCCUCUGGUCCAAGAGAUCUCGUCUACUACUCGUCUGCCUUUUCACAAGUCAAAUAGCUACACCUCCUUCCCAACUCACUAGCCAACUACUAUCCCCCUGA